CACACCUGCCAUGACCGCCUCUUCGAACUGGGACGGAACCGGACACAUUACCGGGCAUGUUCGUAGGACAGAAUGCAGAUGUAUUAGCAGGCAUACCAGGACCGGGCCAAGGAAAGCGGAGGGAAUAGGGAUUUUUGCGUUAAUGAAGGCAGGAGUAGCAGCGCACCAUUGGAACCGGGUUCUGUCCUUGUUUAUGGGGCUACUGGCAGCCUCAGCCUCGGUUAACGGUACUGAGGCUCAGAACUGCAGUUACACUCUCCAGAGCCCCAACGGUACGAUAGAGAGCCCUGGCUACCCGUACGGUUACCCCAACUAUGCCAACUGUACGUGGGUGAUCCUGGCAGCAGAACACAACAGGAUACAGCUGGUGUUCCAAGGUUUCGCCCUAGAGGAAGACUUUGACCUGCUGUCUGUCUACGACGGUCCGCCCAGCCCGGGGAACCUUAGGACCAGAUUGACAGGGUUCCAGCUGCCCUCGCCCAUAGUGAGCACAGGACCCAGGCUAACACUGUGGCUGCUGUCAGACUAUGCUGUCAGUGGACAAGGCUUCAAGGCCAUCUAUGAAGCUCUACCCAGUUAUACCUGUGGUAACCCAGGCCAGCUGGUCAACGGUCUUCAACAGGGCUCAACCUUUAACAUUGGAGAGAAGAUCAGGUACAGCUGCAGCCCGGGCUACGUGUUGGAGGGUCACACCACGCUGUCCUGUCUGGCUACGUCUGCUGGCACCGCAGCAUGGGACUUCCCCCUGCCCUACUGCAGAGCGGAUGACGGUUGUGGGGGAACGUUACGAGGCCAGAGCGGUGUGAUCACCAGCCCCAACUACCCAGGGGAGUACAGCAACAAUGCAGACUGUACCUGGACCGUCCUGGCUGAGCCUGGAGACACCAUCGCCCUGGUCUUCUCUGACUUUACCCUGGAGGACGACUAUGACCUGCUGGAGGUCAGCGGUACAGACGGCUCCUCUCAGUGGUUCACGGGUCCUAACCUACCAUCUCCCGUACUCAGCAGUAAGAACUGGCUAAGACUACACUUUACCUCUGAUGGAAACCACAAGCUGAGGGGCUUCAGUGCCCAGUACCAAGUGAAGAAGAUGACAGAGCUGAAGUCCAGAGGAGUCAAGAUGAUGCCCAGUAAAGACAAUCAUCACAAGAUAUCAGUGUUGUCUCAGAUGGGUGUGGCCCAGGGACACAACAUGUGUCCAGACCCGGGGAUCCCUGACCGAGGGAGAAGAAGAGGAUCAGACUUCAGGCGGGGAACCACGGUGCACUUCUCCUGUGACGAGGGUUAUGAGCUGCAGGGCUCUAAGAGCAUCAGCUGCCUGAGAGUCACAGACAGCUACGUAGGCUGGAGCGACGACCGACCCAUCUGCAGAGCUCCUAUGUGUGGUGGUCAGCUGAGAGGCCCUAACGGUAUCAUAGCAUCACCAAACUACCCUGUCCAGUAUGACAACAAUGCUAACUGCACCUGGUUCAUCACCGCUACAGACACCACCAAGGUGAUCAAACUGACCUUUGAGGACUUUGACCUGGAGCGUGGAUACGAUACGUUGACGGUUGGAGAUGGAGCCGUGGUCGGGGACCAGAAGACCGUCUUUCACGUCCUAUCAGGGACCACUACUCCAGACCUGGUGGUCAGCACCAGUCAUCAGAUGUGGCUCAACUUCAAGACUGACGACACCAGUGGCUCCCAGGGCUUCAAGGUGUCUUAUGAAGAGAUUGACCAGGGCAGCUGUGGCGACCCAGGGAUACCGGCCUACGGCAAGCGGGAGGGGACAGGUUUCCGCCACGGGGACAGGCUGCACUUUGAGUGUCUCCCUGCCUUUGAGUUGGUGGGGAAGAAGAACAUCACCUGCCAGAAGAACAACCAGUGGUCAGCCAAGAAACCCAGCUGUGUCUUCUCGUGCUUCUUCAACUUCACAACCCCCUCUGGGGUGCUGCUGUCCCCUAACUACCCCCAGGAAUAUGGAAACAACAUGCACUGUGUGUGGCUCAUCAUCACCAAGCCAGAGAGUAGGAUUAACCUGGCCUUCAAUGACCUGAGCAUGGAGAAGCAGUUUGACUUCCUCAGCGUCAAAGAUGGUGGCAAGGCUGAGUCUCCCAUCCUGGGUACGUUCUCUGGUGACGUGCUGCCAGCUCCCAUCACCACCAGCGCCCACGUGGCACGUCUAGAGUUCCUGACCGACCACACCUACACCGACCGGGGGUUCAACAUCACCUUCACCACGUUCCGCCACAAUGAGUGUCCAGACCCGGGGGUUCCAGUGAAUGGGAAGAGGUUUGGCGAGAACCUUCAGCUGGGCAGCUCCAUCUCCUUCCUGUGUGAGGAGGGCUUUGUGAAGACCCAUGGCUCCCAGACUGUCUCCUGUAUCCUGAAGGAUGGAAACGUGGUCUGGGACAACGCUGUGCCACGCUGUGAAGCUCAGUGUGGGGGUGAUCUGACGGCUCCUAGUGGAAUCAUCCUGUCCCCUGGUUGGCCAGAGCUCUAUAAGGAGGCCCUUAACUGUGAGUGGGUCAUCGAGGCUCCGCCAGGAUACCCCAUCAAGAUCGUGUUUGAUAAGUUUCGUACUGAGGUAAACUAUGACGUGCUGGAGGUGCGUGACGGGCGGUUCCCCUCCUCGCCUCUGAUUGGUAGCUACCAGGGUACCCAGGUGCCCCAGUUCCUCAUCAGCACCUCCAACUUCCUGUUCCUCCUCUUCUCCACCGACAAGAGCCACUCGGACAUUGGCUUCCGCAUCCACUAUGAGACUCUACAGCUACAGUCAGAUCACUGUGUCGACCCUGGCAUCCCCGUCAACGGCCAACGCCAUGGCAACGACUUCUACGUGGGUGCCUUGGUAACGUUCAGCUGUGACGCCGGGUACUCCCUCAGCGACCCAGAACCCCUGGAGUGUGAACCAAACUUCCAGUGGAGUCGACCCCUGCCCAGCUGUGAUGCGUUGUGUGGAGGUUAUAUUCAGGGUAACACCGGUACCAUCCUCUCUCCUGGGUUUCCUGACUUCUAUCCUCACAACCUCAACUGCACCUGGAUGAUAGAGUCCUCCCAUGGCAAAGGUGUCCAGUUCACCUUCCAUACAUUCCACCUAGAGUCUCCUCAUGACCACCUGUUGGUGACAGAGAACGGCAGCUUCCCGGAGCCCCUGUGGAGACUAACGGGCUCAACACUGCCCCCCACCCUCAGUGCAGGCCUGUACGGGAACUACACCGCUCAGAUACGCUUCCUCUCAGACUUCUCUGUCUCUUACGAGGGAUUCAACAUCACCUUCUCAGAGUAUGAUCUGGAGCCUUGUGAAGACCCCGGCGUUCCUCCCUACAGCACCCGUAAGGGGUUACAGUUUGGGGUGGGGGAUGCGCUCAUCUUCUCCUGUUUCCCUGGUUACCGUCUGGAGGGGCCGGCGAGGGUGACGUGCCUGGGGGGGCGGAGGAGGGUGUGGAGCUCCCCUCUGCCAAGGUGUGUUGCUGAGUGUGGAUCCUCAGUGACUGGCAUGCAGGGAGUGCUGCUGUCUCCUAACUACCCAGGUUACUAUGGGAACCACCACGAGUGUAUCUACUCUAUACAGACCCAGCCAGGCAAAGGCAUCCAGCUCCGAGCACGAGACUUCAGACUGGAGGACGAUGACAUGCUCAAAGUGUUUGAUGGCAAUAGUAACCAGGCUCGUCUGUUGGGUGUUUUCUCUGGGACUGAGCUGCAGGACAACACUCUGAACUCCACAUCCAGCUCCAUGUGGUUGGAGUUCAUCAGCAACGCAGAGAACACCAGCAAGGGCUUCCAGUUACACUUUACUAGUUUUGAUCUGUUGAAGUGUGAGGACCCGGGUGUUCCUCAGUUUGGUUAUAAGAGAGAAGAUAAGGGUCACUUCGCUGGCAGCACCGUGUGUUAUAGCUGUGACCCAGGAUACACCCUGAAGGGACCCCAGAUCCUGACCUGUUUGAGGGGGGAGAGGAGAGCCUGGGAUAGCCCCCUGCCCCAAUGUGUUGCGGAGUGUGGGGGAACCAUCAGGGAUGAGACUACAGGUCGUAUACUGUCUCCAGGUUACCCAGCUCCUUAUGAACACAACCUGCACUGUGUCUGGAGCAUCGAAGCAGCUCAGGGAAGCACCAUCGGUCUCCACUUCCUGGUAUUCCAUACGGAGGAGGUCCACGACGUGUUGCGUAUCUGGGACGGUCCCCAGGACGGAGGGGUCCUGCUGAGGGAGCUCAGUGGCUCGACCCUUCCGCCCGACGCCCACAGCACCUUCAACGCCGUCAGCCUCCAGUUCACCACCGACUUCUUCACAUCCAAACAGGGCUUCGCUCUGCAGUUCUCUGUGUCCACUGCUACGUCAUGUAACGACCCAGGUCUGCCCGCCAACGGGACCCGCAGUGGGGACAGCAAGGAGCCCGGAGACCAUGUCCUGUUCCAGUGUGAUCCCGGUUACAUCCUUCAGGGGGCCACCAAGAUCACUUGCACAGAGAUCAACAGCCGCUUCUUCUGGCAGCCUGACCCCCCCACCUGCACAGCUCCGUGUGGGGGGAACCUGACGGGCCCCACUGGGCUGAUCCUGUCCCCAGAGUACCCCGAGCCGUACCCCCACGGACGAGAAUGCGACUGGACUGUCUCUGUCACUCCCGACUACGUCAUCGCACUCAAUUUCAACCAAUUCAGUCUGGAGCCCAGCUAUGACUUCCUCCAUAUCUAUGACGGUCCUGACUCCCUCCACCCUCUGUUGGGGAGUUUCUACGGUACUGACGUCCCCGAGCGCAUCGAGAGCAGUUCCAACACACUCUUCCUCGCCUUCCGCAGCGACGCGUCGCUCAGCAGCAACGGCUUCAUCCUGCAGUACACAGAGAACCCCAGAGAGUCGUGCUUUGAUCCUGGGGUGGUAAGGAACGGUACCAGGGUUGGAGCUGACCUGAAGCUUGGUUCAACCACCACCUACUACUGUGAUAGUGGCUAUACUCUGGAGGGAGACCCCACUCUGACCUGCAUCAUGGGGUCAGACAGCAAGCCCUCCUGGAACAAACAAAAACCCAUCUGCAUAGCUCUGUGUGGAGGGCAGUAUUCAGGGUUGGAGGGCGUGGUCUUGUCUCCCGGUUACCCUGGAAACUACAGCAGUGCCCGGACAUGUCUGUACUCGGUGACCGUGCCCAAAGACUACGUUGUUUUCAGCCAGUUUGCGUUCUUCCAGACGGCUCUGAACGAUGUGGUGGAGAUCCAUGACGGGGCGACGCAGCACUCCAGGGUCCUCAGCUCCCUGUCUGGAACACACACAGGUGAGUCGCUUCCGUUGGCAACAUCCAAUCAGGUUCUAAUCCGAUUCACCUCCAAAGGCCAAUCCAGCUCCAAAGGAUUCCACCUGGUGUAUCAAGCGGUGCCAAGGACCAGUGCCACCCAGUGCACUUCAGUCCCAGAGCCCAGGAACGGGAGGAGGACAGGGAAUAACUUUGCUGUGGGAGCCGUGAUCCGCUUUGAAUGUUCCCCGGGAUACGUAUUGGAGGGAUCCACCGCCGUAGAGUGUCUGACUGUCCCCAACGCCCUGGCUAACUGGAACUCAUCCAUACCCAGCUGUAUAGUACCAUGUGGUGGUACUCUGGCCCAGCGGACCGGUACCAUCCUGUCUCCUGGUUUUCCUGAGCCCUAUCUCAACAGCCUCAACUGUGUCUGGAAGAUCACGGUCCCAGAAGGAUCAGGAAUACAGAUCCAGGUGAUCAGUUUUGUGACUGAACAGAACUGGGAUUCUCUAGAGGUGUUUGAUGGAGGAGACAACAGCGACACCAUGCUGGGGAGCUUCUCAGGAACGACGGUCCCAGCUCUCCUGAACAGCACGUCCAACCAGCUCUACCUCCACUUCUUCUCUGACAUCAGCGUGUCUGCUGCCGGCUUCAGGCUGGAAUACAAGACGGUCUCCCUGACCAGUUGUCCAGAGCCAGUGGUACCUAUGAACGGUAUCAAGGUGGGAGAGAGACUCCACAUGAACCACGUUGUCUCGUUCCAGUGUGAGCCAGGAUACACAUUACAGGGUACCUCUCACAUCUCCUGCAUGCCAGGGACGGUCAGGCGAUGGAAUUACCCUCCUCCGCUCUGCAUCGCUCAAUGUGGAGGAAUCCAGGGGGAGAUGGAAGGCAUGAUCCUUAGCCCUGGUUUCCCUGGCAACUACCCAAGCAACAGUGACUGUACCUGGAGAAUCUACCUGGCUGUGGGAUACGGAGCCCACGUCCAGUUCUUAAACUUCUCCACCGAGGCCAACCAUGACUUCCUGGAGAUUCGGAAUGGGCCCCUGGAUACCAGCACUGUGAUUGGUCGAUUUAGUGGCCAGGAUGUCCCGCCCUCCCUUCUCACCACCUCCCACGAGACCACAGUGUAUUUCCAUAGCGACCACUCCCAGAACAGGCCAGGCUUCAGGUUUGAGUACCAGGCCUAUGAGCUUAAUGAGUGUCUGGACCCAGAGCCGUUCCGUUACGGCGUGGUGGUGGGGGCAGGCUACAACGUGGGCCAGUCCAUUUCCUUUGAGUGCCUCCCCGGCUACCAGCUAAUGGGACAUUCCAUCCUGACCUGCGAACACGGGACCACACGCAACUGGGACCGCCCCUUCCCUCGCUGUGAAGUGCCUUGUGGGGGUAACAUCACGUCAGACAACGGGACUAUCUUCUCUCCUGGUCAUCCGGAGGAGUACCCCAGCUCUGCUGACUGUACCUGGCUGAUCACCGUAGCAACAGGCCUGGGUGUCAGACUCAACUUUACCCUGCUGCAGGUCCACGGGCCACAUGACUUCAUCACUGUCUGGGACGGCCCCCAGGUGACAGCCAGGAAGCUAGGUGUGUUUAUGGAAGGAGAGCCCAACGAACCAGCCAGCAGCACGUCCAAUCAGAUCCUGGUGCGUUUCCGUAGCAACACAGAGAAGGGUGGACUAUUCCAAAUCAACUAUCAAGCAUAUAGACUCCAGUUCUGCCUGCCUCCCCCUAUCAUACCCAAUGCUGAGAUCUUAAUGGCCAGCAAGGAAUUUAAAAUUGGUGACAUAGUGCGUUACAGGUGUCUGCCAGGGUACCAGUUGAGUGGGAACAACAUUCUGACCUGUCGUCUGGGGACUCACCUGGAGUUUCAGGGACCUCCGCCCUCCUGUGAAGUGACGUGUCCCAUGAAUGAGGUCCUUACAGCCUCCACGGGCGUCAUCAUGAGCCAGUCCCCCGGUAGCGGCUUCCCCCACUUUGAGUCCUGUUCCUGGGUGGUCAAGGUAGAGCCGGGCUACAACAUCACGUUUACUAUACAACACUUCCAGACCAGCCGGCAGUUUGACCAACUGGAGAUCUUUGACGGUCCGUCCAGACAGAGUCCUCUCCUGGUCACUCUGAGUGGAAACUACUCCUCUCCUCUCAGCAUCACCAGCUCCAACAACAAGGUCUACCUCCACUGGUCCUUUGACCACACCACCAGCCACAAAGGCUUCCGAAUACGAUACUCAGCGUCAUACUGCAGCUCCCCUAGCAACCCUCUCAAUGGAACAGUCCACAGUCAGACAGGCACCAAGCUAGGCAGUACCCUGCGCUUCAGCUGUGACCAGGGCUUUCGUCUGAUUGGCCAGAGCAGUGCCACCUGCACCCGCACCAACCAGGGGAUCUACACAUGGAACGCACCUGUACCCCUCUGCCAAGUGAUUGCCUGUGGGAUGCCUAAACCUCCAGUCAACGGUAGUAUAGUCGGGCAGGACUUCACUCUUGGUGCCAGGGCCAUGUACCAGUGUAACCCUGGCUUCAGAUUGGCCAGUCCUCUGGCCGUGUCAGUCGUCUGUCAGUUGUCUGGGAGGUGGAGCCCCAAUGAGGCCCCGCCCCACUGCAUACCUGUGACUUGCCCUGACAUCGGCCACGCUGCGGUGGAUCACGGGAGAUGGAGGCUGAUCUACGGGUCUCAGAGCCAGUACGACGCCAUGAUGAUGCUCAUCUGUGACCCCGGAUAUUACUACAAGGGUCAGAGGGUGAUCCGUUGCCAGGCCAACAGCACCUGGGACUACCCAGCGCCCCGGCCGGCCUGCGAGAUAAUCUCCUGUGGGGACCUGGGCACUCCUCCGAAUGGUAAUAAGAUCGGGACGCUGACGGUGUUCGGAGCGACAGCCAUCUUCUCCUGUAACACAGGCUAUACGCUGGUUGGUUCCCGGGUCAGAGAGUGCUUGUCCAAUGGCCUCUGGAGUGGAUCUCAGGUCCAGUGUCUCGCGGGUCACUGCGGUACCCCAGAACCGAUAGUGAAUGGUCAGAUCAUAGGAGAGAACUAUAACUACAGAGGUAGUGUGGUCUACCAGUGUAACCCGGGAUUCAGACUCAUCGGGGUGUCUGUACGCAUCUGUGAACAGGACCACCGCUGGUCUGGGCGCACCCCUGUCUGUGUCCCAAUCACAUGCGGUCACCCGGGCAACCCUACCUUUGGCGUUACCCAGGGAACACAGUUCAACCUGAACAGCGUGGUGCACUUCCUGUGCCACUCUGGGUACAUCCUGCAGGGGGUGGUGGAGUCUCUCUGCCAGUCCAACGGACAGUGGAGCAACACCCUACCCAAGUGUAAAAUUGUGAACUGCACAGAGCCAGGUCAUGUGGAGGACAGCGUCAGACAGGUGAUGUCUGAAGGCCCUGGUCGUUACAGCUUCCAGACCGCCGUGUCCUACCGCUGUAACCCUGGUUACUACCUACUGGGAACCAGCACUCUGUCCUGCCAGGGAGACGGCACCUGGGACCGAUCACUGCCCAAGUGUCUGUUGGUGUUGUGCGACCGUCCCAGCAUGCCCCCGUACGCCCAGAUCUCCGGUGACCGUCGGACGGUGGGUUCGGUGAUUCGGUUCAGCUGUAUUGGACAGAGGACGGUGAUCGGUAACACGACACGCACGUGUCAGCUGGGUGGACAGUGGAGCGGCUCGUUACCACACUGCUCUGGAGAGUCGUCCGGUCUGUGUGGGGAUCCAGGAAUCCCAGGCCAUGGUAUCAGACUAGGUGAAGACUUCUCAGUGGGCAGUGUGGUGGCGUUCAGCUGUGAACAGGGAUAUGUCCUACGAGGUUCCUCAGAGAGAACAUGCCAACCUAACAGCACCUGGGUGGGCACACAGCCAGAAUGCCAUGUGAUCUCCUGUGGGAACCCAGGAACACCCCGUAACUCUCAGAUCCUGUCUCAUGAUGGCCUGGUGUUUUCCCGCUCCAUCACCUACACCUGUCGAGACGGUUACUACUCCAACGGACUGCUCACACGCCACUGCACUGUUAACGGGACCUGGACCGGGAACAUGCCUGAGUGCACGGUGAUAAUGUGUGGAGACCCAGGUGUGCCAGCUAAUGGUUUGAGGCUGGGCAGUGACUUCACCUAUAACAGCACUGUGAGUUUCCAAUGUGCCCCGGGAUUCACUAUGGACGCUGAUCGCGCGUCAACCCUGGUCUGCACUAAGGACCGCACAUGGAACGGGACCAAGCCACAAUGCAAAGCUAUAGUGUGUAUGGCCCCUCCUCCCAUCCCUAACGGCCAGGUGGUUGGAACAGACUUCACCUGGGGCAACAGCGUUAGUUACGCCUGUAACCAGGGUUACCAGCUCUCCCUGCCCACCGUGCUCAUCUGCCAGGGAAACGGCAUCUGGAACGGAGAUAAACCACAAUGCUUCCCUGUGUUCUGUGGAGACCCAGGUGUCCCGGCCCAGGGAAGAAGGGAGGACCAUGGGUUCACCUACCUCUCCUCUGUCUCCUUCUCCUGCUCUCCUCCUUUGGUGUUGGUGGGUUCAGCCAGACGAUACUGUCAGUAUGACGGCACCUGGAGCGGCACUCAGCCCUCCUGCAUAGAUCCCAGUCACACCACCUGCAGAGAUCCUGGAACCCUGUUUGGAAACCAGAACAACACCCAAGGCUACCAGAUCAGCAGUACAGUAUUGUUCAGCUGUAGGAAGGGGUACCUGCUACAAGGCUCCACAACACGUACCUGUCUACCCAACCUGACCUGGAAUGGCUUCCAACCAGAGUGUAUAGCCCACCACUGUAGCCAGCCAGAGAUGCCCACCCAGGUGGAUGUGUCUGCCAUAGAGUUGCCGUCUCUAGGUUACACCCUGAUCUACACCUGUCAGCCAGGGUUUUACCUGGCCGAGGGGUCAGAACACAGAACCUGUCGAGGCGACGGGAGCUGGACCGGGAAGCAACCUGUCUGUGCUGCUGAUAUCCGUCCCAGUGGGAAGACAGUGGGGACAGUCCAGGAGCCACCCAACCCCAAACUACCAGUCCCGGUUGGUGUGUUUGCUAAGAACAGCCUGUGGAGAGGAUCGUAUGAGUACCUGGGGAAGAAGCAGCCGGCCAUGCUGAGCAUCACCUCCUACGAAGCCUUCAACCAGCGAGUUAAUGGAACUCUCAUCGACCACAGUGGGGUGGAACUCAAACUGGCUGGUACCUAUAAGAAAGAGGAGUCUCAGCUCCUGCUGCAGGUGCAUCAGAUCAGAGGUCCUGUAGAGAUCUUUGUCAACAAGUUUAAGAUGGACAACUGGGCCCUCGACGGACAUGUGUCCUACAUUGCCUCAUCUAGUUCCUUUGUGUACCAAGGAUUCGUCCGAGGAAAAGGAUUCGGCCAGUUUGGCCUUCAAAGACUAGAGAGUUUAGACAGGAGCAGGGAGAACCCCCACUUCCCCCCCAACAGCAGUUCAGUUGCAGCAGCCAUCUUAGUGCCGUUCAUAGCCAUGAUCAUCGCAGGCUUCGCUCUGUACCUCUACAAACACAGGAGAAGACCUAAGGUACCGUUUAACGGCUAUGCAGGCCAUGAGAACACUAACGGUAGAGCUACGUUUGAGAACCCCAUGUACGACCGCAACAUCCAGCCCACCGACAUCCUGGCCAACGAGACAGAGUUUACAGUCAGCACAGUGUGCACGGCGGUAUAGCCACUGUUACCUCCAGAGGCAGAGGGAGUGUAAAGGCAGGAGACCCACCCAUGCCGGAGCCCCCUUUACGAGAAAGACCCUCAUCUAACUGGACGGAGGGAAAAGGAGAUGUUUUUAUACCGACUACAAUACAUUUAAAGAGAAGAAAAUAAGAAAACAGACAACACGAACCCACUGACGGUGACAACAGUGGGGUCUCCUUGCUACUUUAACUCUCUGAGGAAUAUCUACUCCUGUCUGCCUGGGCAGCAAGGUUGAACUACGCUGUGGCAAUGAUCCUAGAUGACCGUCUAUCUAUUUUUCUUCAAAAAUCCAAAAGGGAAUUUUACGGUCAACUUUCAGCAGAGAUAUUGGCAGCUGAUACACAGGUGGCUUUGAGAAGACCAGUCAGUGUUAGCAGCUUGCUGUGUACCGAUAAAACCUGGCAUGGACUAUUUCCAAACUGGAUCUAACUGGACCUAACUGGAUCUAACUGGACCUAACUGGAUCUAACUGGAUCUAACUGGACCCAACUGGAUCUAACUGGACCUAACUGGAUCUGACUGGACCCAACUGGAUCUAACUGGACCCAACUGGACCUAACUGGACCCAACUGGAUCUAACUGGAUCUAACUGGACCUAACUGGAUCUGACUGGACCCAACUGGACCAAACUGGGCCCAACUGGAUCUAACUGGGUCUAACUGGACCUAACUGGAUCUGACUGGACCCAACUGGAUCUAACUGGACCCAACUGGACCUAACUGGACCCAACUGGACCCAACUGGAUCUAACUGGACCUAACUGGACCUAACUGGGUCUAACUGGAUCUAACUGGACACAACUGGAUCUAACUGGAUCUAACUGGACCUAACAGGAUCUAACUGAACCUAACUGGAUCUAUGCGUCAUGAGAAAGGCACCCUGGACUGCUUGCUUUCUUGGACAAGUACUUAAUGAUUAGGCCCCAUUUCCUUCCUGCCCAGUUGGUUUCCUCUGAGGCGCUGACACACUGUGGCUGCAGAAAGAUUAAAGUGGGAUGUGAAUGUCAGGAUUCCUUUUUACACUCUUCCUGUUUUAUCAAGAGGAGAUUCUGCUAAGGUCACGAUGUCAGGAGUAGAGGUUAAGAGUUAGCUCAGGAAGGCUGCUGGGAAAGUAAUUAG